AUGACGCCAGAGUCGAAAGCCACCGUCAUACCCUCAAAGACAACAACAACAACAAUGGUACCGCCUGGUAUAGCAACCGCUAGCAUGGCUCAUGCCCAGAAAUCAGCAACUGCAACAAAAAGCAUUGUUGUCAGCAAUGCAAAUAGCAGUGCCAGUGGCAACAACAACAACAAUAACAACAAUGCUGGUAAAAAGUUGCCUUUGUCUCAGAAAGCAACUGCUGCAACUGCAGCAACAAAAACAACUAAUGUUGCUGAUAGGCAAAAGCAACAACAACAACACCAGCAACUUUUUCAAGCCAACGGCAUUAAAGUAAAAAGUGAAAACACAUUAGCAGCAACACUUCAUGCCGCAAGCAAAGUCAGCAAUGUUGCAACAACAAAAACGCUGUUAGAGAAUGGCAUUAAGAAGGAAUCAACGCCGCCAGCAGCAGAGCAGCAGUCCACAGUAGAGGCCUCCAGCUCCUCCUCCUCUUCAUCAUCGUCCUCCUCCUCCUCAUCCUCAUCCUGGUCGCUGACUCGAAGGGCAGCGUCCGAAGAGGCCAGCAGCAAUGGUGGCGCCUCGGCAGAUGAGGAGGCAGCCGUGGAGGAAACGGCGACAACGACUUCCGAUUUGGCCACAACUUCAAGGCCACGCCCCGUUCUCCUUACGGCCGUUAAUCCGCACAUCAUUUGUCACCUUUGCACGGGCUAUCUGGUGGAUGCCACAACCAUAGUCGAGUGUCUGCACUCUUUCUGCCACAGUUGCCUCAUUAAUCACCUGCGAAAGGAGCGAUUCUGUCCGCGUUGCAAGAUGGUCAUCAACAGCGCCAAGCCGAACAUCAAAUCGGACACCACGCUCCAGGCAAUUGUCUACAAGCUCGUGCCGGGUCUCUAUGAGCGGGAGCUGAUGCGAAAGCGGGCCUUCUACAAGGAUCGUCCGCAGGAGGCGGCCCUGGCCACGCCCGAGCAGAGAGGCGAUGAUACCGAGCAUCUAAUCUUCAGUCCCUCGGAUGAUAUGUCGCUGUCCUUGGAGUAUGCGGAAAUGGGGGAACUGAAAUCUGACUCCGACUCAGAGAACGAAAUGGUGGAUACUCUCCGUCCCAGAUACCUCCAGUGCCCGGCCAUGUGCCGGGUUAGUCACCUGAAAAAGUUCGUCUACGACAAGUUCGAAAUCGACGCCCAGCGCUUCAGCAUCGACAUCAUGUACAAGGUCAAGACGAUCGUUCUGCUGGACUACUACACCCUGAUGGACAUCGCCUACAUCUACACGUGGAAACGGGACGCACCCAUGCGUUUCUACUAUCGUGUCUAUGAGUGCCCCCAGCCGGUGGUGAAGCCGGCACCGCGAAGGGUGUUGCCACUGAAAGUGGAACAGUCCGAGCAGGUAGUCGAGGUAGCGCCGGCCAAGGUGGAAGUGCCGGCAAUCGAGGCGGCCAUCAAAAAAGAGGCAUGCAACGUGGAAACGGUGGUGCAGCCACCGAAACUCUCGCCACUCAGCGCCGAGCCCUUGAAGCUGGUGAUCAAUCGCAAUCUCCUGGAGAAGCGUGAGAAGAGCCACUCCCCGCAGUCCAGCUCCAAGUCCAAGAGCACUCCACCGGCUAUAGCUCCAGCUCCUGCCUCGCCCGCCGUUGCCCCAGCCAGCCCGACAGUCUCGGAGCCCAACAUUAAGCUGAAGAUAGAUCUGUCCAAGCAGAAUAGCGUGACCAUCAUCAAUAUGUCCGAUCCGGAUCGCAAGGAGAUCGUGAAGCCCCUCAAGCCGGAGAAGGAGUCUCGCUCCAAGAACAAGGACAAGAAGGAGAAGGACAAAGACAAGGACAACAACACCAGCAGCAGUGGCAGCAGUCCCAAGUCCUCUCCCUCCUCGAGUGGCGACCGCAAGCGAAAGAGUCCCAGUCCACUGACCGUGCCACCCCUGACCAUUCGUACGGAACGCAUUCUGAGUCCCAACGGAGUCAGCACUCUGAGUCCCCGAGUCACCAGCGGUGGCCUGGAGGACCCCAAGUCCGAGUUUCUCAAGUCCUUCGCCCUCACUCCCAUCAAAGUAAAGGUGGAGUCCGCGGAAAAGGGGCUGGAAACGUCGCCGCCUCUGCUAAGCGGCAAGUCGAAGGGCAGUCUGGAGGACAGCCUGCUGAUGAAGCCGCCCAGCUGCAUGCCCCCCAAGUCGAUCGCCUCCUCGAAGCGCAAGAACAAGGAGCCCAUGAAGGCGCGCUGCAAGAAGGCCAAGCUGUCGCCUCCCCUGCCGCGGGUCGACUUCAAGAUUCGUCUGCCGGGCACCAGUGCCACUUUCAGCGCCUCGGAGGCGCCCUCCGCUGGCACCAGUGCCUCCAAACUGGACAAGCCACUGAUGCCGCCACCGGCCAAGCCGCCAAUCCUGGCGCCGCGCAAGCUCCAGCCCCCGGCACCGUUCACCCCGCCGCCCUCGCCGAUGCACCAGCACUCCGGCAUGCAGAUUGCGGCGCCCGGCAACCGAACGCCCAUCGCCAAGCGCUACCAGCCCAUCCUGCCCAAGGCCUCGCGUCCGAAUCCCUUCGCCAGUAUCCCGAGCGACGUCAAUCUCCUCCUGCCAAUGGGCACCGAAAUCAAGACGAUCGGAAACCACAACUCCAACGGCAGCAACUCGUCCGCGAAGUCGCAUGUCUAUGGUCCCAAGGGGGGCGACUCCAAGAUGGGCCCGCCACCCCCACCGCCGACAUCGAAUGCCUCCAGUCCGGCGCAGAACAACCGGAACAUGGGCAACAAGUCCAUGCCGGCUCCCAGCAGCAAGAGCUCCAACAGCUCCAACAACUAUCUGAACCUGGCCCUGUUCAACGCCAGCAAGUCCAAGGGCAAGGAGGCGCCGCCCGGCUGCCGCACGCCCAUGUACACCCCCAACUCCCCCAGCUACUCGCCCAGCUCGCCGCAGUACGUGCCCAGCUACAACAUUCCCACGAUGCCCACCUACAAGUACACCCCCAAGCCGGCGGCUAAUGCAGGAUCGAAUUCCGGGGGAGGUGGAGGAAUCCUCCAGAACAUGUUAGGCGCUGGAGGAGGAGCGAUGGCGGGCCUGUUCCCAUCGCCACCCACCAAGUCGGAGCAGAACUCUGGCCCGGCCAAUCCACCCACCAAGUCCGACCAGAACACCAAUCCCAUGUCCUCCAUCUCCAUGCCGUCGGGAGGAGGAAACCCUGGACCGGCCAACGGUAAUCCCUUCCAGCGCAGUGCCAGUCCGUGCGAAGACGCCCCCGAGAAGCAGCAGGUCAAGGUGAAGUCGCUGCUCAACUCCUGCAACAUCAACAUACCCUCCUCGCUGUCCAUCACCAUCUCCCGGGACAACGGAGAUCCCUCCUCGCCCGGCAACGGCCAGCAUCCGAAGCACAAGACUCCGGUGAACAACUACAUCGAGAUUGUGAAGCUGCCGGACCAGACGCCGGAGCAGGUGCAGGCCGGCAAGGAGGCCCAGAAGCGCCAGUCGCCCCCGGCUCCCGUCAAGCUGCCCACGCCACCGCCCUCCAAGGCCGUUAUCCCCUCGCCCCAGCACCUGAUGUCGCGCAUGACGCCCCCGCACAUGCCCCAGGUGCCCACCCCACCGCCGCCCACCUCCUCGUCGCCGGUGAACAGUGUUCCCCGGGUCAUCACCCCGCCGAAGACCUCGCCACCGAUGAAGGCGGCGCCGCCCGCCAAGCCAGUACUUACGCCCACGCAGGGGGACAAAAAGACACCGAGUCCCGAGAAGCGCAACGCCGCCCAAAUGGGCAGUCACUCGCCCACCUCCAGCGAGAACAAGUCGCCCAAGAACGGAGCGGCCAAUGGAGGCGAGGCAGCCCCACAGAACGGGGAGCCCGCGGCCAAGAAGUUCCGGCCCAUCCUGCCGCGUCAGAACGCCCUGCCCGAGCUGGCUCCCAAGCUGGCGCCCGCCCAGAACGCCCCUUCGUUGUCCCUGAAUCCGCCACCAAUGCAGGCGGGCAUGAAGAAGGUGGCGCCCAGCAAGAAGUCACCGACUGGCCAACCAAAGAUGGCCAACGGAGGACCUCAGGCCGCGCCCCAGAAGCCCAGUCCUCCCCUGAAGAACCAGCCGAUGCUCCAUCCUCAGGCCAAGAAGCCGGCCAAGAACCCGACACCACCACCAGGAGCUGCCAAGAAGGACCUGCCGGCCAUCAAUGCUCCGCUGAGCAUCGCCUCCAGUGCCGGACAAAUGGCCCUCACCAAGGAGAACCUGAUGCGGGCCCAGGCCGCCCAAGCCGCUCAAGCCGUUCAGGCUGCCCAGGCCGCCCAGGCUGCCCAGGUGGCUGCUGCCCAGGCUGCCAAUCAGUCCAAUCUGAUGUACAUCUUCGCCCAGAUGGGCAUGAACCCCAUGUACGGCUACCAGCAGGCCUACCUCAUGGAACAGCUGUCGCGGAUGCAGAGAUCCGGAAGCGAGAUCAACGACUACCUACAGAAGAUGAAGGCUGGCGGUGGGGCGGCAGCAGUGGCCCCACUGCCCGGAGAUGGGGACGCCAAAAAGGCGAUGCCCCAGCUGCCCACCGUAACGCUACCCAGUCCGGGUGCCACUCCGGCGGCGGCAGCCAGUCCAAAGACCUCGCCCCUUCCAGCCGGAAAACUGACGGCCGCGGCCACGGCGCCAAAGACCAAAGGUAACAGCGGCGGGGCAAGUGCCAGACAACAGACAGCGGCCACCGGGACGGGAGCUGCCACAACUCCGUUGCCCAAACUACCGGCUGGCGGCACUGUUGCGAAAAGCAAGUGAAGAUGAAGAUGGGGUCGACGGGGUCGGUGACCAGACCGGAGACCGGGUCGGAGAAGGAACUGCCG